ACUCGCGGAGCGGGAGAGGCGGAACGGACGCGUACCAAAACAGAAAUGCAGGGAAGGAAAAACGGGGACGGGAAAGCACAUCGCAUGGAUUCCCAAAGGGGCAGAACCAACCGAACGUUGUCAAUCGCACAUCGUGAUACGAGAGAAAGAGAUGGGUGAACGCGCAAGGAAAGACAAACGGCCAGGGAGGCACCAACACGAGGUCGGAUACUUGUAAAGGAGGGGAAAGCAACACAAAGAGCGCAUGAGUAGCAGGAAUAGCGGACCUAGGACACGACCACCCUGCAACGGCACGGAUAAUCGGGUACCGGCAACGGCAAACAAAACUACAGCCUCUGUCAAGGAUCGUACGCGGGAGUGCAAGGCGGUGGCGGAAACAGAAGGCACCAAACAAGAGAGGGAAAAGAAACCAGCGUGGGACCUACAAGAGAGGUGGGUCUACAAAUCCGUCUUUGGAGAGAGAGAGGUGGAGAAAGAGAAAGAGGGGAGAGAGGGAGAGAGGGAGCGAGGGAUAAAGUGAGAGAGCCAUUGGAAGAACAGAAGUGAGGGACAUGAUGGAGAGAGGAGUGGUGUGUGUGUGUGAGAGAGAGAGAGAUAGAGAGAGAGAGAGAA